UACACAACAUUAUCAUAGUAUUAUACAGACAACUAACAUGGCUAAACGUUUUCUGAUUCUUCUUCCUCUCUUCUCAACUAUUCUUCUUCUUGCCGUAACCGUUACAGAAUCCGAAGCUUACUCGACAACAACGCCGUUUCAAGGCUACAAGCCGGAGUGCUUCACUCACCUCCACUUUUACUUCCAUGACGUCAUCACCGGUGACAAACCUACCGCCAUCAAAGUCGCCGAAGCCCGCCCAACAAACUCCCUCAACGUCAAUUUUGGCGUGAUUAUGAUCGCUGAUGAUCCGUUGACAGAAGGACCUGACCCGAGUUCAAAGGUAGUGGGAAGAGCUCAGGGGAUGUACGCAUCGACGGCCAUGAAGGACAUAGUCUUCACAAUGGUAUUUAACUUGGCUUUCACGGAAGGAGAGUUUAAUGGAAGCACCCUCGCGAUGUAUGGCCGGAAUGAUAUAUUUUCGAAGGUGAGAGAGAUGCCGAUUAUUGGAGGAACCGGUGCUUUCAGGUUUGCUAGAGGGUAUGCACAGGCCAAGACUUAUAAGAUUGUUGGUCUAGAUGCCGUGGUCGAGUAUAAUGUCUUCAUUUGGCAUUAAUUAUUUCGCAUAUUUGUUGUUUAAUGUCUUUCAAAAAUAAAUAAAAUUUCACUUUGGUUUUCUUGUAUUGUUUUUGUUAUUUUUGUUCUGUUUGUGUUGUGUCGUUUUGUUGGAUUUGAACCUUUGAUUAAAUCUACAAAAGAGUAAGCUUCAAUGAGAACAAGAAGAAGAAGAAGAACAGAGCAAAAGAAGAAGCAACGGCUCGUGAUUGAAGAGAAGAAGAUGUACGACAUAUGCAAAGUCAACAUGAGAAAGGAGUUGGGCUUUGUGUGGUUUGGUCCUAAGAAGACUAAUGGGCUGCGUUUUGGUUAAGGCCCAAAUAAAAGAAGUGUGUUUUUGUUAAGAGUUGUUGUACUAAGUAGAGUUGCUAAGAGCAUGAUUAUCCA